AUGGAGACGGAGAGUUGUUUGCCUUUCUCUUCGCAGACCAGCAGGAGGACGCCAGAAAACUCCCCGGGACUGGAGCACGGCGGCUCCGGCUCCUUUCUCCCCUGCGAUGAGCUGCAGAAACCCUCGCACCUUCCUCCUCCUCCUCUCCCUCACCGCAUCAGCCUGCGCGGGGAUCUGUACGCCGCCGCCAUGGGGAGGUUUGGCGAUGCUGCGGCGGACUUUACGCACGGCGCUGUCCCGGCGAACCCGCCUGCCUCACCCUCCAAACACAGCAAGUUCUUGGACAGUAUAAACCAGGAUCAGAAGGGGACAGUGAUAAGCGGCAAGCCGUUUUAUGAAAGCAGCUCGGAAGUCAGAGAGAAAGGAGCUCCAAAAACCAUGGGCUAUCCUGGGAUUGGCACAGACUGUUGUGACAAGCUCAAAGAGCCAGUCGUCAGUUUACAAGGGGACUCUAUCGCUGACUCCAUCGACUUAUCAGGCAAGAACAAGAAGCGACGCAAUCGCACCACGUUCAGCACCUUUCAGCUGGAGGAGCUGGAGAAAGUGUUUCAGAAGACACACUACCCUGACGUGUACGCACGGGAACAGCUGGCACUGAGGACCGAGCUCACUGAGGCUCGGGUUCAGGUUUGGUUCCAGAAUCGUAGAGCCAAGUGGAGGAAACGGGAACGCUAUGGGAAGAUCCAGGAGGUGCGCAACCACUUUGCUGCUACAUAUGAUAUCUCUCUUCUCCCUCGCCAUGAUACAUACCAGAUGCAGGGCAACCUGUGGCCAGGGGCAGCUUCAGGAGGAGGCGGUGGGUCAGGUGCUGGUUGUGUCCUGGGAGCUGACUCCAUCCCCUCGUCCUGCAUGAGUCCAUACCCUCACCCCCACAGCAACCUGCAGGGCUUCAUGGGCAUGCCCACAUCUCCCAGCCACCCACACCACCACCACCACCACCACCACCACCACCCAUCUCACCAUCCGGGCAUCAAUGGCCUCUACUCACUCCACAGCUUCCCAGGAGGCCUCAGCUCCCCUUCCAUUGAGGGGCCCGAGACAGAAUACAAGCCGACGGGCCUGGUGGCGCUGCGGAUGAAAGCCAAAGAGCCAGGCAGCAUCCUCUCCUGGCCUACAUGA